AUGUACUUCGAAGAGGAAGAGAAUAAUGAUGACUACAAUAAGGCUGAAGGUGAUGAGUCACCACACAGUCGCGCAUCUUCAAACGUGUCAGACAUGCCGAUGCCUCCUCUUCCGCCCCCAACACCACCAGCCGAUGUAUACGGCUUAGCUACAGAGGAGAUUUACAGCAUCAUCAAAGAAUUACGGCGGCAGAUUGAUGACCCAACAGCCCACCAUGACAUCAAGGCCAUGCUGAAGAAGGAACCUUCCAUUCUUUUGGCCGUCACUCGGGUCCUGCAUGAGUCCGGACUCCUACGACGUGGUGUUGUGAAUGCACAUGGACAAGUGGAGGAGCAGAUUGUGCCCCUUCCUGAAGCCCCAGCCCCGCCGUUGCCAACGGGGUAUAGCAGUUGGGUAUAG